AUGGCUGUUCUAUUCGAAAUGAAUAUCGAUCCGUCGAUAGCAUCGGUACCAUUUGCAUCACUUGAUAAACACAGCUAUUUUCAAGAGCAAGAAAAAGAAAUACUCUUUUCGAUGCAUACCGUAUUUCGUAUUGGUGAAAUAAAACCAUUGGAUGAUGGUAACAAGCCACGAUUUUGGAAGAUUCAUUUAACAUUAACUAAUUCCGAUGAUGAACAACUUCGUCAAUUGACAGAACAUAUGCGUAUAGAUCUCAGCUCUUCCCUUGAUUCAGAACUGCAAAUUAAUAUGGAUCCUACAUGGCGAUUAAGUAAACUACUUGUGUAUAUGGGUGAAUAUGACAAAGCAAUUACAAUAUAUGAAAUGAUUCUUGACAAGGCCACGCACGAAAAUAAUUUGAAGUCUGCACACAUGACACAUUAUCAAUUGGCCGAAUUGUUCUCAUUAUACAAGAAUGAUUGGAAACGAGCAAGAACACAUUUACAUAAGAUGUUCAGUAUAGCAAUACUUGAUGGAAAUAUUGUUGCUGAUGAAGCUAGGAGCGACUUGAUCAAUGUCUUUUCGACAAUCAGAAAUGUACUUAGUAGCGAACAAAUUAAUGAAGAUAAAUUUCACUCAGCUAUGGUCGAACUAAUAAACAAGAUGGUCACACUAUAUCUUGAUUACUCCGUAAAACAGUUAAGUCCGCUUGAUUAUCAACUCAUUGUGGAUCGUUACAAUUAUGUUGGUUGGGUAAAAAAACAGCAAGGAAAAUUGUCAGAAGCAUGGACUAGCCAUCAGCAUGCACUGGGCAUAUUACGCCAACAUUUACCUCCUACUCAUCCUCGCUUGGCAAUAACGUAUAAUCACAUCGGUUUGCUUUAUGCUACAAUGAACGAUCAUUCGGAUGCACUGGAUUGUCUCGACAAAGCACUUGAGAUUCAAGAAAAAGUGUUAAAACCAAAUCAUCCACAGCUAGCCGAAACUCAUUUUCAUAAGUCGAUUAUUUUGGAACGUUUGAACAAAAUUAAUGAUGCUUUUCAACAUGCACAGAAAGCUGUCGAUAUUGGACGUCAAGCAUUUAUGCCACUCGAUGAUCCGAAUAUGAAAAAGUAUCAAGAACAGUUCGAUAAAAUUUUUCUACGAAAUCAAUCAUGUGAUGAGCUUGUACUUUAG